GUUCUUCUCAGAACAGCAAUUAGCAUUUUUGAUUUUAAUAACCCUCCCACUCUGGAUCCGCGUGAAUCAGACUCUCCGUGCUGUUUAACCGAGCCGCUUAAAUAUGCUAGCACUUAAUGACUGCUAGUCAUCAGGCUAAAUGCUAAACACUUUAUAUCCGGGUUCGAACUGUGAACAAAUCAGAUCAUAACGGUACCAAAACACAGGCACGUAGAUUAAGUUGACAUUAUUUGUUGCAUUUCACACCAUCAUUGCAGCAUUGAACCUGUGAUCGGUGAAGGGAACCGAAAAUGCCGAGGUUGAAAAUAGAAGCUGUCACAUGAUCAGUUAACCUGCUGAUCCUUUUAGUAUUAAAGUGCAUUCUUAGUGAGGGGUCAUAAAAUAGUCAUGUUGAAGAGUUCUUCAGAAUUCUGCCUAAAUGGAGCUCAGUCCAGACAUAAUCUUCAUUCAGUCUGUAAGCCUACAGUAACUCCCUUUUAAAUGUAAAAUAGGGACUAAACUGAGCUGCCAGAUGAGGCAGGCUCAUUUGGAGAAAAUAUGCUAUUUACAGAUGAUGGCUUGACUUAUCCACUCGCCCCCCUCUUUAAACUGAGUGGACACUCAGUGCUUGCAGUGUUCUCUUCCUGCAGUGCUGACUCACAAAUGAUGUGCAUGUGGAUGUGUUGCAUUAGUGUGUGUGUGUGUGUGUGUGUGUGUUGUGCUACUGUAUCUGCUGCAGUCCCCUGUUUGUUUCUCACAGAGGCAGAAGUGGAGAAGAUAACGGCUGUGCUGCUCAAGUCGCACUCGGGCGAGUUUGAUUUGGAGUCCAUACUGUUUCUGAAAUUCAGAGGUCUAGGAAUACAUGAUCUUGGGUGCGUAGGAGAGUGUAUGAAUUUGGAGAGACUGGACCUGUCAGGAAAUAAUAUUGUCAAUUUAGCUCCGUUGUCGUCUCUCCGGCUGCUUUCUGUUCUCAAUUUGUCUGCUAAUAGGAUUUCCAAUUUAGAACCUUUGCACAGUUGUGAAAAUCUACAGAAUUUAAACCUUGCUGGUAAUAUUAUCUCCAGUAUUGAUAACCUUCUCUGCCUUCAGUCUUUAAGGAAACUAGAAAGUAUCCGUCUCAACGACAACACCUACAAUUAUUCAAAUCCAGUGUGCAGAAACGUGUCAUAUAGAACCUUAAUUCUUGACAUGUUCCCCACUGUCAAGGUGCUAGAUGGUGAGAGAGUCGUUGGACGUGGGAGCGACUUGUAUCAGCUAUGCAAAGACAUUGAUGACACCAUUAAAGCCGGCCUUUACAAGAAUGGCCAACUUGUUGAACAUCAGGAUUGCAAGCCAUGGGUGGAGGAAACUUUCUGGGAAAUAAAACGAUCCAACAACGCCAUUGUUGAAGAAGCCUACAAACAGUUUAACGAUAUUCUCCAUGAAUGCAGACUCCUGAACAACAGAGCAACUCAUGCAAUUUCCCAAAGUGAAAGAUCGAUGAGCCUGAAGAAGCAACCGAAGCAGUACGCCAUCUGAAGCGGGCGGGCCUAUUUGUGUGUACUAUAGCAUGUAUUUAUUUAAAAAUGCCCGUGCUGUAUGUGCAGUAGUUUGACUAAGUUGAGCACAAGACCGAUAUUGUCAGAAAGUACGCGCUGCUUGUGGUGUUUCAUAAUGUUUGAUAUUGCACCCUAUGCAUUGGCUUUUGGAGGAUACUGCAUUGUAUGCGCAAUCAGUUUGGACAGGAGAUGUCUUGACUUGCGGACUUUACAUUUAGUGCCGUUUCAUAGCCUGCAUUAAUGCCGAGACGUAUGCUGCUAAAAUGCCGAGAUAUUUCAAGUAAGAGCUUUUCCAUUUUGCUGGAUCAUUUUGGGAGCCUCCAAUUGCUGUACUUUUUUUUAACCCGUAGCAAAAUGUGAUUGAAUGUUCCAUCUGUUUAUACUUGUUUUAUACAAUAAAGAGUAUUGACAAUA